CAUCCGCCAUUUUGUUCUGCGGUGCUGGUAUUUAGAGCGCAGCGGCUGACGGGCCGAUCGCCUUCGCAGCCCUCUGACCACUAGCUUCGUGCUUGCCGCCUGCUGCUCGCCUGCUGCGCUCGGCCCGUCCUCGUCCCCGCCUCGGCCCGCUGAGCUCGCCCCCUCCCCACCGCAGACAUGUCCGAGGCCAAGAGCGGCCCCGAGUACGCCUCCUUUUUUGCGGUCAUGGGCGCCUCGGCCGCCAUGGUCUUCAGCGCCCUGGGCGCUGCCUAUGGUACGGCUAAGAGUGGCACCGGCAUUGCGGCGAUGUCGGUCAUGCGGCCAGAGCUGAUCAUGAAGUCCAUCAUCCCAGUGGUUAUGGCUGGCAUCAUUGCCAUCUACGGCCUGGUGGUGGCAGUCCUCAUUGCCAAUUCUCUGAAUGAACACAUCACUCUCUACAGGAGUUUCCUCCAACUGGGAGCUGGCCUGAGUGUGGGCCUGAGUGGGCUGGCAGCUGGUUUUGCCAUUGGCAUUGUGGGGGAUGCUGGUGUGCGGGGCACUGCCCAGCAGCCCCGACUAUUCGUGGGCAUGAUCCUGAUCCUCAUCUUCGCGGAGGUGCUGGGCCUCUACGGUCUCAUCGUUGCGCUCAUCCUUUCCACAAAGUAGCCCCUCUCCAAGCCCACCAGCCACAGAAUAUGAUGUAAAGACCACUCCCUCCUCAUUCCAGAAUGAACAGCCUGACACACAUGCACGGGGCAGCUGCACCCCCAGUAGUUGGUCUUGUAAAUGCGCAGUGUCCUAGUGCCCAUUGUCUGUUGCCCCCCCCCACCCCACCCGCCCCGUGCGUGGACAUCUGGGCCCACUCAUCAUUCAUCCAGGCCCCUGACCAGUGAGGAUGCAGGCCUCUGGCUGCCCCCACCCAUCUACCUGCCCUAGAGUGCUCUGUGUAUAAGGAUGAAUUAGAGUUGUCAUUUUCUCUUCACUGGAUGUUUAUUUAUAAAGAUUUGACCUGUUCACACGUCUGUGGAGCAGCCUUCCGUCUCCCAACUAUAUAGUAAUCUUUAGAGUGUCGCCUUGUGGGGUUACUGUGUGCCCUGAGACUUCUGGAUGGAACCACCGUCCUUUCGCCCCCACUGUGGGGCUGUGUGCUGGGCCUGCCAGGCCCCGAGUCGUGUCCAAUAAAGUUCUCGGAUGUGACUGGA